CCAAACACAAUAUCUCAUUACUAAACCUUUCAACAUUUCUUUUAUCUUAAAUUUCAUUCCUCUCAAAUUUAACUAAACAAUAUCUCAUGGCUCCUGCUCUUCAACAAGCUAUAACCACCGAUGCAUCAUCGGACGUUACCAUCACUGGAAAGAUAUACACACGAGUUCGUCUCGCUACGAAAUCUGAUCUUUCUCAUAUAUACAAAUUGUUUUACCAAAUCCAUGAAUACCAUAACUAUACUCAUUUAUACAAAGCUACCGAGUCCUCCUUAGCCAAAUUGCUCUUUAAAGAAAAUCCUCUUCCUCUUUUCUACGGUCCAUCCGUACUUCUACUUGAAGUCUCUCCAACACCUUUUGACGAACCUAAAAAUACUACAGACGAAGGGUUCAAGCCUGUCCUUACAACGUUUGACCUUAAAUUCCCAGUCGUAGAAGGACAAGUUGAGGAAUUCCGAUCCAAAUAUGAUGAUAAGAGUGAUGCUUACAUCGCGGGAUAUGCUUUCUUUUACGCGAAUUAUUCAUGUUUCAAUGAUAAGCCUGGAUUCUAUUUUGAGAGUCUUUACUUCAGAGAGAGUUAUAGAAAGUUGGGAAUGGGGAAGUUGUUGUUUGGAACAGUUUCGUCCAUUGCUGCGGACAAUGGGUUCGUAUCGGUCGAUGGAAUAGUAGCAGUUUGGAAUAAGAAGUCAUAUGAUUUUUACAUAAAUAUGGGAGUUGAAAUAUUUGAUGAAUUUAGAUAUGGGAAGUUGCAUGGUGAAAAUCUUCAAAAGUAUGCACAUAACAAGGGGGAAAUUGAGGAAGAGACCUGUUAGUGGUGUUGUUUUAUUCUUAUAAAAAUUGUGUAAUUUAUCAAUUUCUUCAUAUUUUCUUUUACUAAAAGAAGUUGUAAUAUCUUUAAUUUGUGGUUGAAAAAUAUUAAAAUUGAUUAUGUAUUGUA